GGAGUUCGCAUUUUUACCCGAGCAGUGAUGAAAAAGUAGAUAUCACCGAACGAGAAGUUCCUGGCCAGAGGAUUUGCAACAUUUUUUUUUCUUUCAAAAUGUUCGGAAAAGACUGUUGUUAGAUGACAACCGAAAAAAACACGAUUUGAGAAUGAGCCAGUGAAGGCACCAGGGCCAUAGGAAGAAGGCUGCUGUAUGAGCGGCAACAACUGGAGGCUACUAGCUAAAACUACCCUGCUAAAUGUGCUUUUGAUUGACAUUUCCCUCUCGAGUCAAGAGCCAGCCCUCAAGGCCGUCUCCAUGGAUACCAGACACACCAUCAAAAUGAGGGCCAGUCUUCAUCAAACCUGAAUCCUGACAAAGACUGUUGGAAAAUGUCUGAUCCUGACAUUUCUAGGAUACAAUCAUGAUUUAAAAAUCAAAAUUAGAAGUCCAAUCUAACAACUGGUAGAGUCCUGUUGGAUUAUGUUUAUUUAUGAAUUCAUUGGAGUUGCAACAGUAAAUUUUAAAUAACAAAAGCUCAAACACAGAAGAGACCAGGAACAUAUAAAUGGACACCAACUCAAACUUAAAGUUUGACAAAAAUCCAAGCUUUGUUAAUGAUAAAUGCUUGUUGAAGCUCACCAACAUGAUGUUAGUUAUCGAGAGGACACUGGAUAAAGAAACUCUGCCACAAUCAAGCAGCUCCUUCAAGGAGCAUGACUGAAACCAAAAACACAAAUUGACUGGACCAGCUUAUAUUUCCUUUUUCUGAUGGAAGCAGAGGGAUGCAGCCAGCAAUGGAAGAUGAAACUCCCACAUAGCAGGAGAUGCUCGAGUCCGACUUCAAAUGACUGCGAAAAAGGCAAAACAGAGAGAGAAAGGGACAGAGCAGGAUCACACAAAAGUGUUAGCAUGGCGCCGACCUCCAGGUAUCUGACGGACAGACAGUAUGUGGUCAGGAAGCCUCUGUUUGCUGCAGAACAGCACACAUCCAUCUUAAAGAAGACUCAUCCACAAAACCCCAAAGACAAGGUGAAGCAGUUUGGUGUUAGUAAAAGAGAGGAAAAUCUGAACCAUGUGGACAGUAACCUUUGGACCAGAGACAAAGAGGCCAUGUCUCCAGAGAUGUUCCGACUGUCUCACGGUGACUUUUCCAUUCCUUCAGUCUCUAAAGAAGACCUAGACUCACCUUUGGGGGUCUCUGAGCUCAGGUCCAGUCUGUUCCAUGAAGGACCCAGUUUUCGUUCGUCUCUAUCUGGCAGCCGAUCAGCUCAGCGUAGCUUCACCAGCUCCAUUCUGGAGGUCCAAAGACUGAACCCUCCUCUGAGGCCCCGGCUGACCUCCACUGUACUCCAUCCUACCUAUACCCCUCUAUCAGGGAGACCAAGGGGGGACCAGGCUCAUCCCAGAUUAGGGGGGAGAGAGGGGGGAGUUGGAGGAGAAACCAAACGUUCCUCCUCUGAGAGGCUUUUAAAAGAAAAAACAAUGUCACCACAUCAGGCCAACUACUGGGCCUGUGCCAUCCCUAAGUCUCUGCCUCCCUCCCCGGACAGGCACUCUAGAGGCUGGGACCCAAACAGAGAGUAUGAAACCCUUCUUGACUACACUUAUCCCCUGAGAGCAGGACACGUCAGCGAGUGGGACAGCACUGACCACCAGGAGGACUCUCUCCUCCAAACGGAUCCAAACCUGCAGGACUCUGGGAUCGACCUGGACCAUCUUUGUAGCUCCCCAAGCCUGUCAGGGUUGGGAAACGGACAGACACGGAGAAUAGGUCCUCUUAGUGAGGGUCCUCAGUCACCUGACCUACAGGGGUCCACCAGAUCCUUGGAUGACCAUCUGUCCUUGACAGACCCGGUGGGUUUGUCUGUGGACAGUCUGGACUGUUGUAGGCACUCAGGACGAAUAAAUCUGUGCAGGCAGGGUGGUCGCUAUCAUCAGCACCAUGCAGUCUCCUCCUCCACCUCUGCUGCCUUUAGACGCUCCACUAGUGUCCUCCCACGGUCCAGGUGUACAUGCAGGGAGCUGGACGAUGAGUUCUGGCCUCUUCCAGAUCAGCUGGAGGAGCUGCAGCUGCUGUCAAGACAGGUGAAGGAGGUGACAGCCCAGCUGAGCCGGCCUGUCACAGCCAGCUGGGAGUCCCUGGGGCCCGGCACCACCUCCGUGUUGUCCUCCGUCACCCUGCCUGAUAAACAGGAGGCUGAAGACAAGGAGCUGGAGGGCAACAAUGGGACAGGAGGAAAAGAUGAGACAGACAGAGAGGAGAGACGUGCCGCUCUGACAGCAGCCGAUCACAGGGCCUCAGAGGCAGAGAGAACGGGUCCAGGACCCUCAGUGGAACCUGCUGGGGGAGGACUGAAUCUCAGGGAGGUGGAGGCUUUGGUGGAGCAGCUUUCAGGCCUCACACUGCCCAGCAGCCAAAGGAGCAGCCAGGAGAACCAGAGGCAAAGGGACUCUCUGAUGCAGCACAUUAAGGUCUUCUGUUCACACCUGGAGCAGCUCAUCCGGCGGCUGUAUGCAGUAUCAGAGAAGAUGGAGCUGCUGGCUGCGCCCACUGUGGACAUAGACAGUGUGAAGUCCUCUCUGGCUGAGUAUCAGAGUUUUCAGAGAGAAGUGAGCAGCCAUCAGCCUCUGGUCUCCUGUGUUCUGCACACCGGACGGCUUCUCCUCAGCUGCAUCAACACAACGUCUCCAUUUUUAAGAGAAGCACUGCUGCUGAUCGAGAGGCAAUCUGGAGCUCUGGAGAACCACACUGAACACUUCUUCUCCUCCAUCCUGUCUGCCAUGGACAGCCUUACAGCUCAGCCUGGUCCUGUCCAGCAGAGCCGAGAGGAGGACUCAAGCCCUGUAGGGAUCCAGGGGUCCACUUAGUGAAUGGACUGCAGGAUAAGUCCAAAUAUGUGAACUAUUUUAUGUAUUGUUUUCUCAGUUUCUACCAACAGUUAUUGGUUUAAGCCAUUUUGUGUCACUGAGGAAGGAUCAUGAGUAUGAAAGAUGUUUGCCUUUUUAUUUUAGUGGAGCAUUCAGGGCCGGUUUAGUUUAUUAACUGAACUGAUAAAUGAAGGAUUUAAGACCUCGAAAUUCUCCAACAGCUUUGUCUGUGAGAUUACACAAAUGCCUUAACAUGCACUGUUUGUUUCUUACUCAUACUCGCUGUCACCAUUGUGUUUUAAAGGACACAACUCUCUACUCAUCACCAUUUUUGUCACUCUUGUCUGUUUUGAGAUCACCAGCUAAAGCCUACGAGAACCUUUUAUGGUACCUUUCUUUGAUUUUACAUUGUCUGCUGUGCUAACAGUCACAGUUGGCAUUUUGGAGUUAGUUUCUAUAAUGAACGAGAUAGGAGUAUGCCAGUGUAACCUGUAAUGAAAUCAGACUUCAGGAAACAGCAGCAUGAGUGUUUAUGGAUCUAGCAGUCCUCGGCCAGCCUUAGAGACCCUUUUUACACCUUUCAUUAGCAGAAGCAUUCAUGCUGGGUAAUAAGAUAACAAAUAACAAUCCUUGAUGCUCCGUGUGAACGCACUACAACAUGUACUGAUGCUGCUGUAUAUCCCGGUUUUUAUCAUUUUCAGGAUUCUGUGUUUACAUGCGCACAGAGAAACCUGGUUAUUCAUAUUCCUGUAUGCAUGACAAAUAUUAGUAUCCCAGUUUUUGAUUACUGAAUCAUAUCUGCACAGGCAUCUGUGCAAUUAUUUUUACAACAAAACCAUGGCAUUUUUUUUAUUAAAUCUGAGAAAAAAGAGCACUGUGAAUUAUUUUGGGAUUUACACAAUUGAAUUCCAUCAUCAUGUUCAAACAAGGUUCCAAUUAAUUUAAAUAUGAUGUGAUUAUAAAUGCUAUCAAACGCUAAGGAAGUUUAGCCAAGACUUUAAGAAAGAGCUCAGCAAUCCCUAAAGCAAAUUCAUUCACUAAAAAACUGACCUGAAAACAGCUUCACAACAGUGUUACUUUCGUUCACUUAAACUAUGACUAAAAAUGUUCAUUGUCAGCCUUUUUCCUAUGAUGAAAACUAGAUUAAGACUAGCCAAAGAUAGAUCUGUGAUGACCAAAAUGUAAUGUAGUUUUUGUCAGACAUUCAAAAUCCAAGAUAUUUCUCCACUGUGGGUAAAUCUGUCAAAAAAAUGCAUCUGUAUCUCAUGUUUGAGUUUAUAGAAAUGACUAAACAGUUACUAAAACUAAAAAACGUACUCAAAAGACUUAGACGAAAAUAAAAAAUAGCCUGGGAUGUCGUGACGGACUUAGCAGGAUGCUUACAAAGUGUCGUUUCUCGAGCUUCUCACACAGAGCCCUGAACACUGUACUCGUUGCAUGAGCGGCCGUUCUCUGUCUCCACAGUGAACUAUGCUCAUGUUUCAUUAAUGGAGGAAAAAUCUCAAUGUUUACUUCCCCGUUCAUCUAAAUAUGAGCGCAGUUAGGCAUGGCACUGCAGCCAGGUCACACAGAUCCUCUGAAUGAUCCGCUGCGCACACAGCCGCCUGGUUUUCACUCACUCUGUCUGGGCAGAGGCAGACCAGCUGACCCUCCGCACAAACAGAAACCAGGUUACUCAAAAAACCCAACAGAAACUGAGAUACACAAGUCUACUGGCUACUCACAGUCUAUGAGAGCAGGUUAGCGAUAAGCCAAGAUGCUGGCUGUAACAGCUUUUCUACCUUAUGUUAUCAUUAAUAUGCAUCUAAAGGAAAAGGUAAAUUAGUGUUCAGAAAAUAAAUCUGGUAAGGGUAGGACUGAAAGGACUCAUCAAUUCAAGAUAACAGGCUACCAGUGAGGCUGUAUGGAUGUUAGAAAGCCACAGUAAGCCUGAGAAUCACUACAGAUGUAUUUUUAAUGCAAAGUCAAUCAACCUGGGUUUUGAUUACCCAGCAUGGAUGUUAAUGCAAAAUGUGGACAGGGUCAUAGUUUAUAACAGUGGUUCUCUACUGGUUAAGACAAAGGCCCACCAACUACUCCCGAAUGAAGAAUCAUGACCCAAAUUUAAGGAAUUUUUUAACUCGUCAAAUUUUUUCAAGAAAAAUGUCCAAGUUUGGACCUCAGUCCAAAACAAAGAAACAAGCACAAGCUAAAGAGACUUUUUGGCUCAAUUAUUUUCCAGGCACACAUUUACAACCCACUGAAAAGGGCCCUGCGACUCACCUUUGGGUCCUGAUCCACCAGUUGAGAACCACUGGGUUGUAAUGAAGUAGUAAAGUGAGGGCACUUUAAAAAAAGAGACCAGUCUAGGACAAAAAUAAAAAAGGCCCGUAUGCCUCAAGCAGCCAUGAAGACUGGUUUUCAAGGUUUUAAUAACAUGGAGAUCUAUUUACAGAUUUUUACCGGUUUAUAUGAACAAAGGAAUCAUUAAAAAUGUACCUCAGGGUUAGUAAAUGCCUCAUAAACACAAUGAGUCUCCAGGAGAGAUAACCAAAUUAAUCAAAGAAAAAUUUACCUAUCUCUAAAACUAAGAGAAAAGGAGAAGGAGGUUAAAUAAACUGACGAUACAUCCUUAAAUUUCUCAAUGUGUACCAGUGGCGACACAUCUAACAAUUACAACACCUGUUCUGGUGCUUAACUUCAUCACCAUGCCAUCCUGAUUUGACAAAAUACAGUGUGGAAUGUGUUUGUGUAAUUUAUGUGCACUCUUAGAUUCAUGCUCUGCUGAAUCUAAGAGUAACGUCUUGUACUUUUAAUCAUCUGCCAACUCUUAAUACACUUUAUUUCUCUUAAAAUGAUCAAUUAAGACACCAUUUAGGCCAAAGGUUUUAAAAGUAUUUUUUUAGCACCAGUAUAGAAAAAAGCCCAGUGGUUGAGCACAAAGAAAAACACUUCCAAAGAAAGACAGCAUCAUACCCAGGGGUGUAGCUAGGGAUUUUGUGCCCCCAGAAAGAAUAUUACACAGGGCCCCCCUUAACCAGUUAGCCAAGCAACAAAUGUGUCAUUUUUACAAAUAUCUAUGCAUUUAAAUGUAUUUCUGAACCAUAAUUUCACAAUGUAAGAGCAGUGUUUUUACUUUGGUUACCUGUAUUAGUUCUUGGUGCUGGACUACACUAUUUGGACAUUUUUAAAGGAGGAGCAGGGCCCCCCAGUAUUUCAUUUCUCUCUGUUUGAUUCAAAUUUCAGUUUGUUGACUAAUUAAUUUAGUUGCUUUAGAUUCAAUAAUGACACUGAUUACUAGAGCUGGGAAAUUAAUCGAAAAAUUAGAUCAAAUCGCAAUAUGGCCUGCUGCAAUUUUCAAAUCGCAGAAGUAGCAAUAUUGCUUUAACCUGAAAUUUUAUUCAAAAUACCAGUUUAGCAGAAAUGUUAUGCAUUACUUAUGCAAUCACUCAAGACCCAUUUUAUAGAAUAGUCUUCAAAUAAUCCUACUUUCUUCAUUUUUGUACAUUUUUCUGGUUAAGUAUGAGGAUGACAUAAAAAUUAUCACUCCCUUCAUUGCAAUUAGUCAUAUCCAAUUGCAAUAUGAGUCAAAAAUCAUCAGAAUUAGAUAUAUUUUCAAAAUUGUUCAUCCCUAGUCACUAAUAUUUUGUUGGUUAAUAUAUAUAUUGGUUUAUUGCUUGUUUUUGUUGGAAAAUACAUAAGAUGAGGCACUUAAGGAAAAAUUGCUAAUUAAAUUGCAAUCGCAGUAUUGGGGGGGAAAAGAAUCACAAUAUUAUUUUCCCAAAUCAUUCAGCCCUACUGAUUACUAAGAAAUUUUUUUUAAAAACUCACUUCCCUGCUGGGGGCCCAGUUAAUCAGUACCCUUUUCCCCCUUUGUUACGCCCAUAAUAUAUAAAACAGAGCUAUUUAUCUGUUUUUUUCAGUUUUAACAGCGACUUCAGUCUGCAUCAGAGUUCGUACACCCCACACAGCUGUAAAGUUUUAUAAUCAAAGUCAGUUUGACCUCUCUUUAACAUUUCUGCCUGUGUUCAUCUAAACCCUCCUCUCUCUCUGCUCUGCUGCUGUGUCACAGCUUUGUAUUCUGUGAUCAUUUUGUGGGCUUAUAGAGAUGUUUCAGGUCAUGUAUUUAUUAAAAUGAAGAGUUGGAAGGUGAGAUCUCAACAUACGUGAGACUCAUAUGAGUAUUGGGUAUAAACAGCUUUUUUAACUGGCACAUUUGUGAUCAGAUGAUUGAGGAAUGGACGAGGACUGUUACUGUCCUUUAGCAUGCACUGUCCUGUAGGAUAUUUAUGUCUACUUUCACAGUACUGUUUUAAUAUUUUAAUGUUGUCUUAUCCACAAGAUGGUCUGCCUUUACACAGCCUUAAGCAACAUUUUAUAUAACUUUUCUUACAUGUUUAAAUAUGUUAAAGGGUCAUUCAAACCCAAAUUGCAAACACUUAUUUUGUUCCUUCUCCACAGUUAAAUACGUCUGGUUAAUUUUUUCCACUUUUGAUUGUAACUUUCUCUGAGGUUUUGCUUUUGUCACCAGUGUGAACUGACCACUAAAUAAAAUAAAACUUUUACACUGUAAGUCACUGAA